AUGACUGCCAACACUGGGCUGAACAAAGACAAUAGACAUGCAGAAGUGGAUAGGGAAAGACCACGAGUUCUCAACCCAAAAAAGAACUACAGUCAACUAAGGAAUGUCCAGAGUGGGAGCAAUAGUGUUACUCAGGGAAGAGCAUACCAACUGUUUAUCCAAAGCCACACAGUCAACCUGAAUAUAGACACUUUGAAAGUUGUGGAGUCACAGAAUUCAUCUUGUCAAAACUGGCUGGCUACAGAGAAUAUCCUGAAAAAGUACUACCUAUCCACAUUUUACGGGAUGGAGUUCAUUUUCGGGAUGUUUGGGAAUAUCACCGUGGUGUUCGGGUACCUCUUCUGUCUGAAGAACUGGAACAGCAGCAACAUCUAUCUCUUUAACCUUUCCAUCUCUGACUUUGCUUUCCUGUGCACCCUUCCGGUGCUGAUAAGGAGUUAUGCCAAUGAGACCUGGAUCUAUGGAGAUGUUCUCUGCAUAGGCAACCGAUACUUGCUUCAUGCCAACCUCUACACCAGCAUCCUCUUCCUCACUUUCAUCAGCAUCGAUCGAUACCUGCUCAUGAAGUAUCCUUUCCGAGAACACGUUCUGCAAAAGAAGGAGUUUGCCGUUCUAAUCUCUUUAGCUGUCUGGGUCUUAGUGACCUUAGAAGUCCUACCCAUACUCCCUUUCAUAAAUUCUGACCCAACAGACAAAGACUCCAUCUGCAAAGACUACGCAAGUUCUGGAAACCCUAAAUACAACCUCAUUUACAGCCUGUGCCUGACUUUGCUAGGCUUCCUCCUUCCUCUCUCUGUGAUGUGCUUCUUCUAUUACAAGAUGGUAGUCUUCCUAAGAAUGAGGAGUAGGCAGCAGGUAACUGCCCUGCCGCUGGACAAGCCUCUGCGCCUGGUAGUCCUGGCAGUGGUGGUCUUCUCUGUACUCUUCACACCCUACCAUAUCAUGCGCAAUGUGAGGAUCGCCUCACGCCUGGACAGCUGGCCACAGGGAUGUUCACAGGAAGUCAUCAAAACCUUGUACAUCGUGACCCGGCCUCUGGCCUUUCUAAACAGUGCCAUCAACCCCAUCUUCUACUUUCUCAUGGGAGACCACUUCAGAGAGAUGUUGAUUAGUAAGCUGAGACAGUAUUUCAAGUCCCUUACAUCCUUUAGGACAUGAGCUGCUGGAUGCUGGUCUUCACUCAGCUAAAUUGCUCUGCAGCUGAGUUAAAACCAAGUAGACCACUAUCUCCAGGCUUUAGCUCCUCUGUCACCCACAAUG